AUGACAUCUCAACAAAAACAUCUAUCUUCUGAACGUAUUCUUAGUAUACCUAAAGUCGACAUUGAUGAUCUUGAAUGUUCUAUUUGUCGUGGAUUACUUUGGAAACCAGUUGCUUGUCAAUCAUGUGAAACAUCUUUCUGUUCUACAUGUAUUAAUCAAUGGUUAAUCGAUCAUCCAAAACAUUGUCCAAAUCGAUGUGAAACAUAUAUUGAACGAAAAUGUCCUCCAUUUAUUGCUAAACUACUUGCUCAAUUAAAUAUGAAAUGUUUCUACCAAUCUCAUGGUUGUGAUCAAGUUACUUCAUAUGAAGAGUUAGAUAAACAUGAGAUCGAAUGUGGUUUUCAACCUCGUCAGUGUUCUGGUUGUAAAUCAGAAAUAUUGAAAAAGAAUUUUGAUAAUCAUAUGGGCACAUGUCCAUUAAUUGAUUUAAAGUGUCAAACUUGCAAACUCAUAUUCAAAAGAGCUGAUUUUAAUCAAAAACAUACUGAAAUUAUCUGUUUAAAAGAACAAAUUCGGCUACUUCAAAAUGAAUCAAAAGAAUAUAAACACGAGAUACAUGAACUCAAUCUUCAAUUAGAUGAAAUGCGCAUCAUACAUCCAAAAAUACCAAUAAUCAAAAUUACAUUUAAUGAUUUACAAGGUGGAGCUGAUAGUGUUUAUUGUAUUCCAGUUCAAUAUCGAGAAUUAACAUGGACCAAGAUCAAGAAACAUACAAUAAUACUUUUAUUUGGCAAACCACAAUUUAUUCUUCUUCAUUGGAAAGACAUAGACAAGAUCACAUUUGAAUCAUCUGGUGGUACUGCUCAUCCUGAUAGCGAUAAUAGAUUAGGAUCUCAAGUCAUAUUAACUCAAAUAACAAUAGAUACAUUCGAAUAA